AUGUAUGAGGAUGCUGAUUUUGGGAAGAUAAUACUAAGGCCAUGGAUGAAUUUCACUGAUAAGGCACACAUUAAGGAUACUCUUAAGGACUUUGCUGUACAAGAGAGAUUUGCAAUCAAUGUGGAGUAUGCUGACAACAAGAGGUUAAAGAGUUAUGUAAUUGAGCAGCUCUUUGGAGGCCAUGAUGAGUCAUACUCAUUGUUGCCUAUGUAUGCUAAAAUGUGCAUUGAGACUAACCUAGAAAGUUUAGCAUUUUGUGCAUGGCAAGAAAUUGAGUCCCUGCCUAAGCAGCUGCAGUUCACAAAUGCCAAUAAUGAGAUCUUUACCAUAUCCUAUGCUAUAGUGAGCCAAGAAGAGAAGGAGUCAUGGAGUUAUUUCUUCUGGCAUUUGCUGAAAAUUGUCAAGGAAUCCUCAAGGGAGCAUUGGACAAUCAUAUCUGAUAGGCAAAAGGGAGUGGAGUUAGCCUUAGACAAUGUGUGGCCAGAAGCUGAUAGAAGAUUCUGCUGUAGACACCUCAGUAGGAAUUACAUAAAAAAUUUUCCAGGCCCCAUGAUGUAUGUGCUAUUUUGGAGAGCAUGCAAUGCAACUUCAGCCUUUUCAUUCAUAAAAGCUAUGGAGAAGCUCAAGAAAGAGGGAGGUGAUGAUGUCAUGUGUUGGUUUGCAGACUUGGGAGAACAAUCCAAGUGGAGUAAACAUAAAUUUAACCCUAAUGUCUGCAAUGAGACAAAUACAUCUAAUUUUGUGGAAAACUUUAACUCCACACUUAGAGUUAAUAGGUGUAGGCCUGUAUUAACUCUGCUAGAAGGAAUAAGGAGGGUGUGUAUGGUGAGAAUUGCAACAAGGAUGGAGAAUGCAAAUUCCUGGAAAGAUGAAGACAUAUGUCCUAAAAUUGUGAAACUGGUGAAAAAGAUAGGCAAGGCAAACUCAAAUUAUAGAGCUUUCAAGUCCAGCCCAGGAGAGUAUGAAAUCCAUAAAGGUAGAUCUCAGUUCCCUCUGAGUCUUAACAAUAAAAUUUGCAGUUGUGGUGCAUGGCAAUUGUUAGGGGUGCCAUGUAGGCAUGCCAUUAGGGCCCUAAUUGAUGCAAAGUUAAACCCACAUGAUUUUGUUAGCUCCUGGUACUCUGUCAAGGCAUAUAAGCAAGCAUAUAGUGUAUGCAUUAGCCCUAUUCCAGACACAGAACAAUGGCCUGCUGAUGACUCUGGCAGAAUUAUCAUGCCACCUAAGAUGAAAAGGGGAAUUGGAAGACCAAGUAGGAAUAGAAAAAGGGAGGAAGGAGAAGUCCAACCAGGCAAGAGAAGCAAAACAGUCAAAUGCUCUAAGUGUGGAUGCUUUGGGCAUAAUAAACCAACCUACAAGGGAGGCUUAACUGGGAAAGAGUUGAAGGCAUCUGAGCCUGUUGUCAUAAAAAACCCAAGGGUCAGAGACCAAUCAAAUGCAACAAAAGCAGCAAAAGCAGCAAAUAAGUCUGUAGCCACUAAUCAACCAGCAACAAAGCCUGCAGCAACUUCCAAGAAAGCACAGGGAAAGAAAGGAAAACAGUUAGCUGAUGCAGCAAUAAUUUUGACAGCAUCACAAAUGCCUAGCCAGCCAGUCAACUUGUCCCAAUCAAACUUAGAUUCUCAAUGCUUUUAA